AUCAAAAUUACUUCAAUCACAUCACAAGUUUACGAAAAACAAAAUUAUUUGAUACAUUUUAAUCUAGAAUCAUCUGUGUGGCUAAAUAUUAUUUGUGUUUCAAUUUCGACUAUUUGACGAAAAUAGAUAAUAGAAAUGGCACCUAAAGCAUUUGGUGAUGUGAAAAUGCAAGGACAAGCAUAUAAAGAUAAAAGUAAACCGGCUGAUAUUCGUAGCAGCAAUAUAUGUGCUGCGAAAGCUGUUUCUGAUGCAGUACGUACAAGUUUGGGACCCAGGGGUAUGGAUAAGAUGAUCCAAGCCUCAAACGGUGAAGUGACAAUUACCAAUGAUGGUGCCACAAUUUUGAAAGAAAUGAAUGUUACUCAUCCAGCAGCUAAGAUGUUGGUUGAAUUGUCUCGGGCGCAAGAUAUUGAAGCUGGCGAUGGCACAACAUCAGUUGUAGUAGUUGCAGGUGCUUUGCUGGAGGCUGCUGAAAAGUUACUUCACAGAGGACUUCAUCCAACUGCCAUUUCUGAUGCAUUUCAAAGAUGUGCUACCAAAGCUGUGGAAAUUCUUACAACCAUGUCACAACCAAUUGAACUUACUGAUCGUGAGAGUUUAAUCAAAAGUGCUUCCACUUCUUUAAAUUCUAAAGUUGUUAGUCAACAAUCGAGCUUGUUGGCACCGAUUGCCGUUGAUGCAGUAACCAAAGUAACUGAGCCUGGCCGAGAAAAUCAAGUAGAUUUAAAAGAUAUAAAAGUUAUUCGAAAACUUGGUGGAACCACUGAAGAUACAGAGCUUGUUGAAGGAUUAGUGUUCACACAGAAAAGUGCAGGUGUCAAUGGACCUAAGAAAGUUGAUAAAGCAAAAAUUGGUCUUAUUCAAUUCUGCAUUUCUCCACCAAAAACUGAUAUGGAUCAUAAUGUUGUAGUGUCUGAUUAUGCUGCCAUGGAUAGAGUGCUUAAGGAAGAACGUGCAUAUAUUCUAAAUAUUGUCAAACAAAUCAAGAAAAGUGGAUGUAAUGUAUUACUUGUUCAGAAAUCUAUAUUGCGUGAUGCUGUAAGUGAUUUAGCUCUACAUUUCCUUGAUAAAAUUAAAGUUAUGGUAGUGAAAGACAUUGAGCGUGAAGAUAUAGAGUUUGUCUGCAAAACUCUUAACUGCCGCCCAAUUGCCUCAUUAGAUCAUUUCCUACCUGAAAAUUUAGUCAAUGCAGAUUUAGUUGAAGAAGUUCAGACUGGAAGCAGUAAAUUUGUAAAGGUUACAGGUAUCCAAAAUCAAGGUCGUACAGUGACUAUAAUUGUUCGUGGUAGCAACAAGUUGGUGUUGGAUGAAGCAGCUCGUUCUUUACAUGAUGCUUUAUGUGUUAUUCGUUGCCUUGUUAAAAAGCCUUCCUUAAUAGCUGGUGGUGGUGCCCCAGAAACAGAGUUGGCUUUAAAAUUGGCUGAACAUGCACAAGCAUUAGAGGGAGUAGAUUCUUAUUGCUUCCGAGCUUUUGCAAAUGCAAUGGAGGUUAUUCCAAGCACUUUAGCUGAAAAUGCCGGUUUGAACCCUAUCUCAACCAUUACUGAAUUGAGAAGCCGUCAUGCCCAAGGCGAAAAUAUGGCUGGAGUAAAUGUUCGCAAAGGGGCUAUUACAAAUAUUUUGGAAGAGAAUGUAGUACAGCCUUUGUUGGUAUCAAUAAGUGCUAUAACAUUAGCUACUGAAACUGUGCGGUCUAUAUUAAAGAUAGAUGAUAUUGUCAACACAAUGCAAUGAACAAAAAAAUGGAUCUUCACUUUGCUUUUUAGGUUUCAUAUAUCUCUACUCAUCUUGUCACAUGCAAAUUAAUUUAUAAUAAACACGUUAUUUGCUUAA